AUGGAGGCGGAGGGAAUUGGCCGACCGUCCACCUACGCUCCCACGCUCAAGACGCUCCUUGCCAACGCGUUUCUCCUCCACUUCAUGGAGCCAUACGUGAAUGCCGGCUUCACAGCCCAGCUCGAAUCCAAGUUUGAUGACGUGGCAGCAGGGGAGGAGGACUGGCGGCAGGUUCUCAGAAGCUUCUGGACGGACUUCCAACCGAGAGUGGAGGAAAUGCACAAGCUGUCUCCGCAAGCGGUGAGUGGUGGAGAAGAGGCGAGAGGAGGGGAGAGGGGAUUAGAGGAGAGGUAG